UUCAUUCAAUUUAAAAGCUGCAUAAUAGUUAAAAUCAUUUUUUUUCUUCCAAGAUUAGUGUGAAUGCGGGAAACGUCCAAAGUGAAAUAGUUGCCAGAUCUUGUGCUGUAGUUACUGGUUUUAACAGAAAUGAGUGAUGUAAAAAUAAUCUGGCAGUUGUAAAAGUAAAGCUUUAUAUUUAAAUAACAUGAUGUGAAUAUUUCUUUUGAUUCCAGUGAUGUCCAACCAACACUGUGAUAGAGAGAACAAUGGUGGGUGCGACAUUUGUCAUUAGUUAUAAACCUAAGGGCGCUGUGGUAAAUGGGAUUUGCAUGAUUCAGAGUUGUUUGUGAAGUGUGACCGUAAGGAAUAUCUCCAUAACCCAGUAAUUUGUCAUAAUUUACCGUCCUAUACUUAAAGUGUGUUUUGCUUGGAGUUUUAAAAAAAAAAAUCAGGUGACUGUCACCACACUGAGGCAUCAAUUGUUAAUGUCACUACACAUGACACGUUACCUGAGGGGGUAGAGUUACCUGCUGGACACCGCUGCCCUAUUUCAUUUCACAAGCCCAUACAGACAGAGCAAACAGGAAUAAAAGGGCCAAAUAACCUGACUGUGCCUCCUCUUGUGUCGGGGGAAUGGUUUCAAACGGGAUAUGAGCUCCGACGACUGUCUGCAAUGUCGACAAUAUCUUUUGAGUCCCUCUGCUUAAAGGAUGACGAUUGUCCCUCACCAGCUCGACCCCGAGACGAGGAGGACGAGUUCGACACAGACUUGGAUUUUGAUGAAAAAGAGGAGAGCAACAAGGAGGCCACCAUAGCUGAAGUGUACCUGCAGGCCUGCAGGCUGGUGGGUGUGGUGCCGGUCUCCUACUUCAUUCGAAACCAUGACUCUCCAACCAUGACCCUCACCCACUAUGGGCUGGGACAUUUGGGAUGCAAGGCACUCGCUAUUGCCUUAGUGACUGAUAUGCACAUCAACACUCUGGAACUGGCCAACAAUCACAUUGAAGCUGAAGGAGCUGAAUACCUUGUGGAAAUGUUGAGGGCCAAUUUCACCAUUCAGCAUCUGGAUCUGUCCAACAACUAUCUGCAGUCUGCAGGAGCCGAGCAUGUGGCUAAAUUGUUGAUGGACAACAUUUCAUUAAAAUCUUUGAAACUUUCAGGUAAUGGCUUUACUGAUGAUGAUGCCAAAUAUUUUGCGGAUUCCUUCUUGAUCAAUUCCAAAAUUAAGGAACUUGACCUGAGCUAUAAUACAUUUUGUGGAAAAGGAGGGGAACAUUUGGGACAAAUGUUGGCAAACAAUGAAGGUCUGGAGGUGCUGGACCUCAGCUGGAAUCAUCUCAGAAUGAAAGGAGGUGUAGCUUUGUGUGCAGGACUCAAGGUGAAUAUGAUGUUAAAACACCUUGACUUAUCAUGGAAUGGUUUCGGGAAUGAGGGAGCCCUGGCCAUGGGAGAGGCCCUCAAAUUCAACAACACUCUGGUACAACUCAACCUCAACAACAACCGCCUCACCAAUGAGGGUGUCGGCAUGCUGUGCCGAGGUCUUGAGUUCAAUGACACACUCCGAGUGCUACUGCUGGCGUAUAACUCUGUAACAGUAGAGGGAGCACUGGCCUUAGUUAAUGUGGUGAAGAACACGCCGAAAACUGCCCUGGAGGAGAUCAACAUAUGUAACGUGCUGGUAAAUGAGAACUUUGUGCAUCUGCUGGAGGCGACUUGUCAGGAGCAUCCUGGUCUGGAUGUGCAGUAUGGAGGAGUGGGGGGGUUCAUCGCUAAGAAGCCGCCAAAACGUGUCGAUCCAAUGAAAGUCAUUCAGGAUUAUCUGGAUCAACAGAAGCUGCGUCUGUGGGAUUUCUUUCGCAACAUUGACAAAGAUGGGACCAUGCGAGUCCCUGUUGCUGACUUCAGGAAGGCGGUGCAGCAAUCAAGCAUUCCUUUGGAUCGAUACCAGAUUGAGGAGCUGAUUCAGAGACUGGAUCGUGACAGGACAGGGAUGGUAGACUACAGGGGACUGGCAGAUACCAGGAAACAGAUGAUGAGAGAUCACCGCCGCCAGCUGAGGAAGGUUGAGUCCCGUCAGAAGAAAGAGAAGCACAAGAGCGACCGUAUCCUCAAGACCUUCCAGAAGGCCGUGGAGGCCGUAACACCUCACAGCUCCAUGGUCAUAUCUCCCGGUGCUGCCAAAGACGACGCAAGUGGCCCGCAGCCGUUCUCUGCCACCCCCCUCAGCUCAUGGCACCACAUUGUCAUGUCCAACAGCGGUCGCUACUCUGUCACUAACCUGAGCAACGAACAUUUCAGCCUGCCCAUGUUAGGAGGCCCAGCGUCUUACCGCCCGACCAGUUCCCUGGCGACGCACUCCUACUCCCAACCCAACCUGCUGGGUGACUCUCCACGCUCUGCCCCAAGCAAGUCCGUCUCUGCCCAGGGUGUACGCUCUGAUCCGGAGAUGAGCCACAGCAAGCUAAGCCCCACUGCUGACCACCUGACCAGAUCCAGGCCUGCACUCAACGCCAAGCAGCCAGAGGUUAAAGCAAAAACCAAGAAAGUGAAGAAAAAGAAAACUAAGAAGCAGGUGGAGAAGGGCUCAAAGAAUCCCACACACACUGUCAAGUGACUGUCAAAAUCUGUGUAAUAGUAUGAAAUGUAACAAUCCCUUCUGCCUGUCACAGUUGGCUUCUUUGUUACUCACAAUGAUUAA